AUGCCCCCACCUCCGCCCCUUCUUCUUCCACGCCAACACCACCCGCUGGUGGCGGCUGUCCGUCACGUUCACAGCGGUGUUGGCCGCGGCGAUCUCCGGUACGUGAACCCCAGCGGGUGGCGCCACGGCACGCGGGCGAUUGGGCCGCUGCGUGGACUGCGGCACUCCAGUCAAGCCACGGCGCCAGCGAGUGGACAACUGCACUACAAGAAGUUGUUUCUGCACGCCGUGGGAGACGCACCCGCGUCGGGAUCAGAGGCGUACCGCCAUGCCGCAUGCACGUGGACGUACCUCAUCCCAUCACUCUUGCGAUGUGCGGAACAGGGCGUUAAGGAGGAAUUGUGGGAUAAACUCUGUCACUGCAGCAACGGGAGCGGCGAGGCGCAAGGAGAAAUAGCGGAACUUAGUGAGCGUGAACGUCAGCAAUUACGUGAUGGACAAAAUUUUUUUAGGUAUGAACUUCAUCAACGUUUACCUUUGUUAGAAGACUCAGUGGUCUCUGCGGAUCUUCAGCAACUCUUGGGUUGGUUUUAUGCGGCACGGAGAGCAUGGGUACGGUUACCUAUAACGGACCAAUUAUUCAAUGGAUCAAAUGAAAAAACUAAUGCUAGUUGUUUAAUGCCAGUAGGAAAUUCUCUUGCACUAUCAUGUGAUGUUCUCUCACGGUUAAAUGCUUCGGAUGCAACCCGUGAUGUGAUUCCAGGGCGACAUCAAAUCUAUAAUAUGACAUCUCGUGUGGCUCAGUUAACAGAUUUUGUUCUCGUUCGUGUACAUGAUGAGAUAAAUCUUCUAGGCACCACUAGUACUGAAAAAGGAAGGUCGAAAAGUCUUAGACUUGUAGCAAAGGAGAGAAAAUUUCGUCAACUACUUGCAGAUGAACUCCGCUGGCAUGGCAUACCAGAUAAACUUUCUCUUUCUUGA